AACCCACGAGCCAGUUUCCGGUGUCGCGUGGUUUCCGGCUCGGAUCGGAACCCGGAGCCCGGAUUCGAUCCGGGGGCGAGCAUUCCAAAAAAGCAGAUUUGAGAAAUGGCAGAAGGUGGCAAUGAAGAGACUGUGUUCAUAUGGUGUGAAGAUUGUAAUCAGUAUCAUGAUUCAGAAUGCCCAGAACUGGGCCCAGUGGUGACAGUCAAAGACUCCUUUGUGUUAAGUAGAGCAAGAUCAUCUCUCCCCUCCAACCUGGAGAUCAAGCAACUCGAAGAUGGAACUGAAGGCGUUUUUGCCAUAACUCAACUGGUCAAGCGUACCCAGUUUGGCCCCUUCGAAUCUAAGAGGGUUGCCAAACUGCAAAAGGAAUCAUCGUUUCCAUUGAAGGUUUUUCAGAAGGAUGGCCCACCAGUCCAUUUUGAUACCUCAAAUGAAGAUGAUUGUAACUGGAUGAUGAUGGUGAGACCAGCCAUCCAGUAUGAGCACCAGAACCUGACUGCCUUCCAGCAUGAUAAUGACAUUUACUUCACUACUUCCCGGGACAUCCCACCGGGCACUGAGUUAAGAGUCUGGUAUGCAGCUUUCUACGCCAAAAAAAUGGAAAAGCCAGUUCUCAAGCAAGUUACUAGCAUUGCCAAUGAUGUGUGUUUAGUUGUGAUGGAAAGUGACCAAGAGAGUAAGAAAACUACUGGCUCAGUUUCUGUCAGAAAAAUCAAGAAUUCACGGUUUGCUAAAGCUACUUCUUCAGUGAGCACUCUAGAAAGUACCGCCCCCUCUGAAGCAACAUCCAGCCAGUGGACGUGUAAAGUGUGCUCAAUAGCUUUCCAAGAACCUCAGCUGCUGACGGAACAUUUGCUGAGUCACUUGGAGGAAGCCAAAGGUGCUCCCCAAAGUAAUCAGAAUGAUGCCAUUCCAGAGAAGGGGGUGGAGGUGCCCCCUGCAGAUCAGCCCACAACCUGUGAAAGCGCAAAUACCUCUGCAGAUGUGAAAAGAAAAUCCCGAAGGGGCAGAAGGCCAAAAGUGUCUACAACCGAAACUCCUCUUGUGGUUGUAGAUGACAAAGAUUCUUCUGUGGAAGAAGUUGCCGAAAUUAUAACAGAAAUCCCACCUGAUGAUGUAACCCUUCCUUCUGCUGCAGAAGACAGGAUUAUGGAGUUGGUUUUAGGGAAGCUACCCAGUACUACAAACAAUGUGAAUCCUGUAACAAAGUUUUCACAUCAUCAAAGCUCUGUGUCCCUCAAGAGAAGCUUGAUCCUCUCCAACAGACAUGGGAUACGACGCAAGCUGAUCAAACAGCUUGGGGAGCACAAGCGGGUGUAUCAGUGCAACAUAUGCAAUAAGAUGUUCCAGAAUAGCAGCAAUCUCAGCAGGCACAUCCGCUCUCAUGGUGACAAAUUAUUCAAAUGUGAGGAAUGUGCCAAGCUAUUCAGUCGAAAAGAGAGUUUGAAGCAGCACGUUUCGUACAAACACAGCAGGAAUGAGGUUGAUAAUGAAUACAGGUAUAGGUGUGCAACAUGUGAAAAGGCUUUUCGAAUAGAGAGUGCAUUAGAAUUCCACAACUGUAGAACAGAUGACAAGACAUUUCAGUGUGAGAUGUGUUUCAGAUUCUUUUCUACGAACAGCAACCUCUCAAAACACAAAAAGAAACAUGGAGACAAGAAAUUUGCUUGCGAGAUCUGCAAUAAGUUGUUUUACCGGAAGGAUGUCAUGUUGGAUCACCAGAGGCGGCAUCUGGAAGGAGUGAGACGUGUAAAAAGAGAGGACUUUGAACACACUGCAGAGAACAUCGUCCGAUACAAGAAAGAGCCUUCUGGGUGUCCUGUGUGUGGAAAGAUAUUUUCAUGUAGGAGCAAUAUGAACAAGCAUCUCUUGACCCAUGGGGAUAAGAAAUAUACCUGUGAGAUUUGUGGCCGUAAAUUCUUCAGAGUGGAUGUGCUUAGAGAUCAUAUUCAUGUUCAUUUUAAGGACAUAGCAAUCAUGGAUGACCACCAGAGGGAAGAGUUCAUUGGCAAAAUUGGAAUUUCUUCGGAGGAGAAUGACGAAAACUCCGAUGGAAGUGUGGAUUCUGAGCCUCACAAGUAUAGCUGCAAAAGGUGCCAGUUGACGUUUGGGCGAGGAAAAGAGUACCUGAAACAUAUCAUGGAAGUUCACAAGGAGAAAGGCUAUGGCUGUAGCAUCUGCAACAGGCGCUUUGCCUUGAAGGCCACAUACCAUGCGCACAUGGUUAUCCAUCGGGAGAACCUGCCUGACCCCAACGUGCAGAAAUAUAUCCAUCCAUGUGAAAUCUGUGGAAGGAUAUUUAACAGCAUAGGAAAUCUAGAACGACAUAAACUUAUUCAUACAGGAGUGAAAAGUCAUGCCUGUGAACAGUGUGGCAAAUCAUUUGCAAGAAAAGACAUGUUAAAAGAACAUAUGAGAGUCCAUGACAAUAUCCGAGAAUAUCUGUGUGCAGAAUGUGGUAAAGGCAUGAAAACAAAGCAUGCGUUGCGUCAUCACAUGAAGCUUCAUAAAGGAAUAAAGGAGUAUGAGUGCAUGGAAUGCCAUCGGAAGUUUGCCCAGAAAGUCAACAUGCUUAAGCAUUACAAAAGGCACACAGGAAUCAAAGAUUUCAUGUGUGAGCUCUGCGGGAAGACCUUUAGUGAGAGGAACACAAUGGAGACCCAUAAACUUAUUCAUACAGUAGGGAAACAGUGGACGUGCUCAGUGUGUGAUAAAAAGUAUGUGACGGAUUACAUGCUGCAGAAGCACAUUCAGCUGACUCAUGAUAAAGUAGAAGCCCAGAGUUGUCAGCUCUGUGGAACAAAGGUUUCUACCAGGGCUUCGAUGAGUCGUCAUAUGAGACGAAAACACCCAGAGGUGCUUUCAGUUAGGAUUGAUGACUUGGAGCAGCUCUCCGAGACCACCACUGUUGAUGCUUCUUCUAUAGGAAUUGUGCAGCCAGACCUAGCCCUGGAGCAGGGAGAGCUACCAGAAGGUAAGCAUGUGAAGUCUCAUAAGCGAGGCCAUAAACGGAAGCAUAAGUCUGGUGAAGAGGAGGAAACCCAAGUGCCUGAGGAGUCUGCCUUCAGUGAAUAUGCAGAAAAAGAUGUGGAGUUCACAGGGAAUGUGGGAGAUGAGACCAAUUCAGCUGUGCAAAGCAUUCAGCAGGUGGUGGUGACCCUUGGGGACCCCAGUGUCACAGCCCCUUCCAGUUCUGUUGGUCUAACCAAUAUUAGUGUUACUCCCAUCACAACGUCAGCUGGAACGCAGUUUACAAAUCUGCAGCCUGUGGCUGUUGGCCACCUCGCCACUCCUGAACGCCAGUUACAGCUAGACAAUUCCAUUCUCACAGUGACGUUUGAUGCAGUCACAGGUUCCGCCAUGUUACACGGGAACCGCCAAAACGAUAUCCAAAUACAGCCGCAGCCUGAGCCAACAAACCCGCAGUCAGUCGCCCAUUUUAUCAACCUGACAACUCUGGUGAACUCCAUUGCUCCAUUAGGGAGCCAGAUAACAGAACAGCAUCCCUUAACCUGGAGGGCAGUGCCUCAAAGUGAUGUGCUCCAGACUCAGGCCCAGCCAGCCCAACAACAAACAGGGCAACAACAGGUUCAGACUGAACAGCAGCAACAACAACAGCAACAACAACAAAUGUACAGUUACUAACUGAUACUUGAAAGAAAACACCAAACUGUGAAUGGGCUUAUGGGAGCCUGUGGGACACACAAAACUGAAUCAAUUGCUGGAAACCAAAAUGGAGAUGGAAGAAAGUGCUCAUACAAUGAAAUAUAUGCUGAUAUUGGCCCAGCAGCUUCACAUACAAAUACCUUGAGAAUCUUACAUGCUCCGAACACUACCCUCAAAAAAAGUAUAAGUUUGUACAAAGUACAUCACCUUGUAAUGGUUGACUGAGGGUAGUAAUGCACCAGGUUUCAGGAAAAUUAGGAUAAGGAAUUGGGGGAGAGCAAACAGUAAAUACAACUGCUGCAAAUUCAAAAACAGAGCAGGUAUGUUUUUAAGUGUCAUGGUCACACUCAUUUAGAACACAUUAUCCCAGCACUGCAGUGUAACAGGUAUAAUUGGACAAAACGGAAAUGUUUUGCUUUUGCUUUCUUAGACCAGUCCUGUAUCUAAUGGGGGAAAAGAAAUGGGUGGCAGUAGGAUGGGGAUAGUCUGUAAUGUGAAAUGUACCUCAUUUCAUGAAUUGUUCCACUUUUGUCGAUGGGGAAUCCAGUCUGCCCAUGAGAUGACUUGGAAGUAUAACCUGAAAUAGCCAGUUUGAUGUUAGAAUGGCAUUCAUGAUCUUCUGUUGAGUAGGAUUCAAAUUUGAAUCUAGCUUGCUGUGAAAUGAACCCCUAAUGUGAUAAUAUAAGUAAUCACAGAACUGUUGACUAAGAGAACUGAAGAACGGUCCUUCCCAUUGAAAACAAAUCUGCCAGCUGGCUAUCAAUUCACGAAGCAGUCUUCUUCUAUCAUGUCAUAAAUAUUGGGGUGGGGGAGGGAAAGUGUCAUUUUUCCAUACCUACCCUUUGUAAUUCACUCUGUGUUCUUGGUGGAUAUUGCAGAUUAAGGGGCAUUUUCUAAAAUGGCUACAUGUAUCUUUCAUCAUUUUAUUUGUAGUAACUAAUUUGUGGAUUCUACUUGGGAAAAGGAAACAUGAAAUGCAAAGUACUGUAGCAUACUCCCUGGGUGUAAUAGGGUAAUACCAGUUGCAGAUUAUGUUGGCCACAAGGAGGCAGCCUAAACCAAUGCUAAUGAAAAUCGCUUGAGCACAAAAGGUAGCAAGUAAUGGAAGUUAGGUUUUCUGUCCAAGCUAAAGAGGAUGUUACUGCCCCCCUGUACAUUGCAUCCGCCACAUCUUGUGUUAAGUUCCAGUUCAAUCUAUAUCAUCUGUGAAACAGCUAAGGUUGUACCCUGGAAAAUAGAAGAAAGUAUCCCAGCAGUUGACAAAUAAAAAUGGUCAGCCAUUUC